GGCUGAGCACCGCCAGUUUCCCCGACCAGCACGGAGAGUCGCGACAUUUCCGUCCCCUUCAUCUCCAUUUCAUCCAUACAGGCCUUCAACGCGCCUUUUUUAACGCCCCCCCUCCAUUUGAGGCCAUUUUUUCCCCUUCCACCAUCGUGUUUGAGCCUUCCCCCACCCUCUUGCUCGCCUUCGCUUUGUCGCCUACCGCCCGGUGGUCAUCCCGAUCCAGGCUAAACAUCACAAACCUGUCGCAACUUAUUAAAUAGAGGUCGCUUUCAGUCGCAUUCAUCGACAGAAGGAGUUUUCUUUUACUACACAUUAGCCAAUUCGCGCUUUCGGUCGCCCCACAGGCGCGAAUUGUCAUUUUCUGUUUCCAGUCCCUUCCCCCUACGUGUUUCUUCACAAUUCCGUCGCGGUCUUGUCGUAGUUCAAGUCGUCCAUUACCGUCCUUGUCCUGCUUAUGAAGUAAGACAUCGAUUACGCGCUUGAAUAUGGCUUCACUCCAGUCAGCGCCCAAUAUGGCGGCUGGAAACAUGAGCCUGCCGCCGAAUUUGACGCAGCAGCAUAUUCAAGAAGUCCUCCAGAAAUUCAAGCAGAUGCAGGAACAGGGUGUUCGCCACGACGACCCUGAAUACCUCAAAGCUCACAACCUACUUGCUGCUGUCCAGCGACAGCAAGUAUACCAAAAGCAAAGACAGUUCGCACAGCAGCAACUUCAAGCGCAACAUCGUCAACAGCAGUUGAACGGCGCGACUCCGGAGUCGGCCGCUGCAAAUGGUAUCAAUGGUCGAAAUGGCCCGAUCCCCUCUUCAGGUCCCACUCCAGAUGCCUCAACGCCGGCUGGCGCUCAAUCACAACCUGCCAAUCCUGCUGCUGCUCAGAAGGGUGCACCUGUCGCCAGUGGAAGUUUCUCUGCGGAGCAGCUUACAACUCUCAGAAAUCAGAUUUUGGCCUUCAAGUUGCUCUCCAAGAAUCUCACAAUACCACCCCGCGUCCAACAGCAGCUUUUUGCCUCCAAAAAAGCUCAGACCCCUACUCCCUCAGAUGGUAUCGCGAGCGCAGAGAGCGUUUUAGAAAGCGUGACUCAGGCCAAAUCGGAGCAGCCCACUCCAGAUGUAGCGCCACAGUCCAAGGAUUUCUAUGAGACCUUUCAGUCGCCCUAUGAGCUUUUCCCUAAGAGCGUCAGCUUCACUGAUCAUGCUUCUCGCGCCAACCGCCUGCGCAUUCCUGCUUUGAUGCCACCCGGCAUUGACCUGGAGCAGCUGCGUGAGGACCGUGAGAUGAUCCUCUACAACAAAAUCAAUGCGCGAAAGGCUGAGCUCGCUGAGCUUCCUGCAAAUCUUGGUGUGUGGGACACGAGCAAGAGUGAUACACCCAGCGGUGAUGACUCGCUGAAGCUUAAGGCAUUGAUCGAGUACAAGAUGCUUCAUCUUCUGCCCAAGCAGAGGCUUUUCCGCAAACAGAUUCAGAAUGAAAUGUUCCACUUUGAUAAUCUCGGCAUGACUGCCAAUCGAUCUAGCCACCGUCGCAUGAAGAAGCAGUCUCUUCGUGAAGCCCGAAUCACUGAGAAGUUGGAGAAGCAGCAACGCGAUGCCCGCGAAACUCGGGAGAAGAAGAAGCAAUACGAUCAACUACAAGCCAUUUUGAACCAUGGUGCCGAGUUGCAGAACGCUGCUAACCAGCAGCGCACUCGUAUGCAGAAGCUUGGUCGCAUGAUGCUUCAGCACCACCAGCAUAUGGAGCGUGAGGAGCAGAAACGUGUCGAACGUACUGCCAAACAACGUCUUCAGGCUCUAAAGGCCAACGAUGAAGAGACUUACAUGAAGCUUCUGGGACAGGCCAAAGAUUCGCGUAUUUCUCACCUCCUCAAACAGACCGAUGGCUUCCUCAAACAACUUGCUGCCUCUGUCAGGGAGCAGCAACGCAGCCAGGCUGAACGGUAUGGGGAAGAUGAGCAGCUCUUCGAAGAAGAGGAUGAAGAGGAUAUCGGAUCCGAUGACGACGAAGAGGGCGACCGACGGAAGAUUGACUACUAUGCUGUCGCUCACCGUAUCAAGGAAGAGGUCACCGAACAGCCUAAGAUUCUUGUUGGCGGUACCCUUAAGGAGUACCAGAUGAAGGGUCUGCAGUGGAUGAUUUCGCUCUACAACAACAACCUGAAUGGUAUUUUGGCAGACGAGAUGGGUCUUGGAAAGACUAUUCAAACCAUCAGUUUGAUCACAUACAUCAUUGAGAGGAAGAAGAACAACGGCCCCUUCUUGGUUAUCGUGCCUCUCAGUACUCUGACAAACUGGAAUAUGGAGUUCGAAAAGUGGGCGCCAAGUGUCUCCAGGGUUGUCUACAAGGGACCCCCCAAUGCGCGCAAACAGCAGCAGCAGCAAAUCCGCUGGGGUAACUUCCAAGUCCUGUUGACCACAUACGAAUACAUCAUCAAGGACCGCCCAGUAUUGAGCAAGAUCAAGUGGACGCACAUGAUUGUUGACGAAGGUCACCGUAUGAAGAACACACAGUCUAAGCUGAGUAGCACUUUAUCUCAGUACUACACCAGCCGUUAUCGUCUCAUUUUGACUGGUACCCCCUUGCAAAAUAAUCUUCCCGAGUUGUGGGCGCUGCUUAACUUCGUUUUGCCAAACAUCUUCAAAUCGGUCAAAUCGUUCGAUGAGUGGUUCAACACGCCCUUUGCAAAUACUGGAGGUCAGGACCGCAUGGAGCUCUCCGAAGAAGAACAACUGCUGGUGAUCCGUCGUUUGCACAAGGUUCUUCGGCCCUUCCUGCUUAGACGUUUGAAGAAAGAUGUCGAGAAGGAUCUGCCUGAUAAGCAAGAACGUGUCAUCAAAUGUCGCUUUUCUGCUCUGCAAGCGAGGCUGUACAAACAGCUUGUCACGCACAAUAAGAUGGUUGUCAGUGACGGUAAAGGAGGCAAGACUGGCAUGCGUGGUUUGAGCAACAUGCUGAUGCAGCUGAGAAAAUUGUGCAAUCAUCCAUUCGUUUUCGAGCCGGUUGAGGAUCAAAUGAAUCCUGGGCGUGGAACCAACGAUCUCAUUUGGCGAACCGCAGGCAAAUUUGAACUUUUGGAUAGGAUUCUCCCGAAGUUCAGGGCCACGGGCCACCGCGUGUUGAUGUUCUUCCAGAUGACUCAGAUCAUGAACAUCAUGGAGGAUUUCCUUCGCCUUCGGGGUAUGAAAUACCUUCGUCUUGAUGGUUCAACCAAAUCCGAUGAUCGUUCGGACCUGUUGAAGCUGUUCAAUGCGCCGGGCUCGGACUAUUUCUGUUUCUUGCUUUCGACGCGUGCCGGUGGUCUCGGUCUCAACCUGCAGACUGCAGACACUGUCAUCAUCUUCGACUCAGACUGGAAUCCUCACCAAGAUUUGCAAGCUCAGGAUCGUGCUCACCGUAUCGGACAGAAGAACGAGGUUCGCAUCUUGCGUCUGAUCAGCUCCAAUUCAGUUGAAGAGAAAAUUCUUGAACGUGCGCAGUUCAAGCUUGACAUGGAUGGCAAGGUCAUUCAGGCUGGAAAGUUCGACAAUAAGUCCACAAACGAAGAGCGAGAUGCUCUCCUUCGAACGCUACUCGAAACUGCGGAGGCUGCUGACCAGCUUGGUGAGCAAGACGAAAUGGACGACGACGACCUGAACGACAUCAUGGCUCGCUCCGACGAUGAGCUGAUUACUUUCCAGCGCAUUGACAAGGAACGCCAGAAGAACGAUCAAUAUGGGCCUGGCCAUCGGUAUCCCCGUCUCAUGGGAGAAGACGAACUCCCGGAUAUUUACCUUGCCGACGAGAACCCCGUCCAAGAAGAAGUUGACAUUGAGGUUACCGGUCGUGGAGCUCGUGAACGCAAAAUUACCCGCUACGACGAUGGUCUUACCGAAGAGCAGUGGCUCAUGGCCGUGGAUGCCGAUGAUGACACGAUCGAGAGUGCUAUCGCCCGAAAGGAAGCAAGAGUCGAGCGUCGCCGCAUGAAUAAGGAGAAGCGUCAGAAGAGAGCCAUGGGCGUCGAGUCCUCGCCAGAGCCAUCGCGUGAGAGUUCCGAGACCCCGCAACCCAAGAAGCGUGGACGUAGGGGUCCUGCGCCUAAACGCAAGGCGGAGGAGCCCGUUGAGGAAACACCGCAACCGAAGCGCAAGAGAGGCAGACAACCGAAACCUGUUGAAACCUUGAGUAGCGAGGACCGCGCCACGCUCCAGCGGAUUCUCAACACCGCGUACCAGGCGCUGAUGGAUAUGGAACAAGAGCUGCCAGCGGAUUCAUCCGACAGCGAGGACGGGCCGGUUACCCGCUCGAUCAUCGAGCCAUUCAUGAAGCCACCUCCUAAAUCGCAAUAUCCCGACUAUUACCUGAUCAUUCAGAACCCAAUCGCCAUGGAGAUGAUCAGGAAGAAGAUAAACCGCGAGGAAUAUCAGAAUCUUAGGGACUUCCGAAAUGACAUCCACCUCCUGUGUCAGAAUGCCAGGACCUACAAUGAAGAUGGAAGCAUCCUGUUCCAGGAUGCCAACGAUAUUGAAGCGAAAUGUGUCGAGGUGUUGAGGAAAGAAACCGAGGACUACCCACAGUUUGCCGAUUUCGACGAUUCUCUGUCAUCGGCAGGCAAUGAUGUCUCUGUUGCUCCCGCACUGUCUACAGGGACGCCUGCCACUGCCACUCCGACGCAACCAAAGUUGAAACUCACGUUCAACAAUAGCAACCGGGAUAGUGCAGGAAUUUCGAAUAGCGGCCCUGACUCGGAAGACGCAUGAUGCCACCUAAUGAGGUUCAGUUAGGUUUAUGACAGGGCAUUAUAGUCUGCUUUUCACGUCCGCUGAAGUCGCAAGCGGAGAUAUGGUUUCCAUAUUUUUCCGUCUGAUGCUGCCUGCGAUUUCUCCCCCCUGACAUGUAUUCCUCUAGUUCGAGUUCUUUCAUCUUCAUAUCCCGCUUCUGGGAGGCGUUUUGUGAUUUGGUGGCUCAUGAUGGACGUUGGUUGAUGGCGCAAUGCUUUUUUAAAUCAAGACGAGAGACUUAGUCUUGUUUACUAUCUCCUUUUCUUAUUCUAACCCUUGUGUUAUGCCAUAUUGAGAUGUCUUGAGGGCGGAAAUAGUCCUGCUUCAGUGUGUCUCAUUUCAGUUUGUUGACUACUUCUGCUCUGUGCUAAAGAACAAGGGACUUGUCUUGGAACAACUCGAGGCAUUUCUGCUGUAAUCGACGAUCAAUGAGGGUUGGUAAUAAAUGGAUUUUCCCGAUG